GGCGCUCAUUUCUUCUGACACAUACAGCGGCUAAAGCUAACUAGCUCACGAUGGCCGGACAAGAGGAUCCAGUGCAAAGGGAAAUUCACCAAGACUGGGCCAAUCGGGAAUACAUCGAAGUCAUCACCAGCAGCAUUAAGAAAAUAGCCGAUUUCCUCAAUUCCUUUGAUAUGUCCUGCAGGUCCCGUUUAGCCACUUUAAAUGAGAAACUUACCGCUCUGGAGAGGAGGAUUGAGUACAUAGAAGCCAGGGUCACAAAAGGGGAAACUUUGACUUAAACAUCACUCUGGGUCCAUGACGAGGACAGGAUGACUACAGACAUUCCCCUCCUGUCUAUAUUUACAUUCAUUAUUCAAACUGAAUUCCAGCUGGUUGGCUCUUGUGCAUCAGUUCAUUUAUGUAUGGGACCAUUGUGAUGCUAAAAACAGAUUUUGGUUCUUCCUCAUUUUAUGCCUGAUUAUGGCUGAUAUCAUGCUAUAUCUGGACCUCCAUUUUUUAAAAUCUUUUAGAUAACUUGUUACUGUCUCUGUUGUGCUUUCUUAUGCAAACAGCCCUAUGUAGUGUGUAUUUUGAUUCUGACCUGGUUUUAAAACCAUGAAAUACAAAAUAUAUUAAUGGUAAUGCAAAGCUAGACUGAAAUUACCUUGGAUAAACACAUAUUUUGCCUUGAUUUUUGUUUUUUUCUAUUCAUGAAAAAAUAAAAAGUUUUUAUUUUUCCCAUUUUACCAGAGUCUUUUCUGUUAUUGUUAAAUUCAAAAAUAAGUGUUUGAAAUACAUUGCUGCCUGCUGUACAUUUAUCAUGCUACAAACUUCUGCACAUGAGAGAUGCGAGUUAGAGGUGGGAGUGGAUGGAAAGCACUUAAGUGCCAAUUAGACUGUUUUUAAAGCGGUCUCUGCUUCUUGUUGUAUCUGGUAUGAUAUUGUUUUUGUGAUUAAACAUUAAAAAGCUCAGUUAAACCA